AUGGCACAUGGCUGGCGGUGCCGGAGCUUUGGAGGUUCAGAAAUCGGCUUUGCUGGCCCCACCGCGAAUGAUUAUUCACCCAACCACGGUGGCCUCUCGCCGCUACCCCAGACCAAGGAUACGCCCUCUUCGCAGACCGACUCUUUCUUCGCAUCUUCAGUCUCUCCACCGUGGCCUGAGCCUUACUUGAUUCCCAUAUAUCUCCGAGUGGUUCAUUUCUCUUUUCUCUGUGCAACAAACUCCUGGAACCUCACGUCUGCCCUCUCGCCAGGCGCGCAGUCCCAGAUGGAGUACUUUGAUUUUGAAGGCGCCUCGUUGGCCCAUGAAUCAAUCCAUCAAAGCGACGAUGUUGCCUCGCUUGAUCUUGAAUUUGAUGAGCCUGAAGAGCGGGACGCCAGAUUUGACUCGCUGCUUCAGGACCCGUCGUUGGACUUUCUUGAUAAUGCCCCCGUGCCGGAGUCGGCCGAACAGUUUGUGGGCGACUCUAUCCGCCCCGAUCAGGACACCGGAGUCUACCCCAUGUUCCGAGCCCAGGAACCCUGUGACUUCUGCCGGCGAAUGGGGCUGGACUGCUUUGUCGCCAAACGUGGAGUGAUGCAGAAUGGAUGUACCUGCUGUAUCUCGCUCUACCGUGAAUGCAGUUUCACCCAUGCCAAAGUUCCUGGCAAAUUUCUUCAGACCUUACAUCCCGUGUCAGAGAAUGCCUACAUUCCUACAGGUGGCUUAACGGGGAAAAGAGCACUCAAAUCUGUCUCGUACGGUGCCUUUGGAGACGAUACCGAUGCGCGUUCUCGCAAAAACAGCACUCGAUUCUCUCGCAGGGCCGUCACGAUCCUCAAGGGCUGGUUACGUGAUCACAACGAGAAUCCUUAUCCCAAUGAAGCCGAGAAAGACGAGUUGAAGCACAAUACGGGCUUAACUCUAACGCAAAUCUCCAAUUGGCUUGCAAACGCUCGACGACGCGGCAAAGUUCGGCCUCCUACUGGCCCCAUUUCGACUGUGCCAGGCGCCGUCGACAUUCCUAGCCAGUCGCGACAUCCCAAAGAUCCAGCUCUCAUGACCCCUCUUGAACGUUGGAAGUACUCUCCUCCUGAAAACGAGCCGGCUACUAUAAGUGAUAUUACCCGUGCUUUGGCCAAUCCUCCAUUUGAUCCCUCGCGUCAACGCCGGACCCAUCCUGGUCACGUGAGGACCCGUCGCCCGGGGUCCAGUACCAAUGAGUCAAGCCACGCAAGCUCAGAACAUAAAAGAUAUACUGCUUCGGCCAGUAGUUUGGAUACCAGUCGGUCAUCCAUUUCUGACCUCUCUUUUGCUUCUGCAUUCUCCCAUCGAUCCUCCCUUUCCUUUGGUUCAAUGGAUCGUAAGGAACGUCGUCGCCGCCGCAAACCUUCUGUACCUGCCAAUACAUUCAAUCACCAGAAGGCCAAGGCGGUUCGUCCUUUCCAAUGUACCUUCUGUACUGAUUCAUUCGCGGCCAAAUAUGACUGGCAACGCCAUGAAAAAUCUAUGCACUUGAUCUUGGAGAAGUGGAUAUGUUCUCCUCAUGGUGGUGUAACAGAGCAGAAUGGUAUACUUCGUUGCGUGUUCUGCUCGGCAGCUAAUCCUGAUAGGGAUCAUCUUGAAAUACACAAUUACAUUAGCUGUCAAGAGAAGUCUCUUCAGGAGAGGACUUUUUAUCGGAAGGAUCACCUGAACCAACAUUUACGCUUAAUGCACAAUACCAAGUUUCAGCCAUGUAUGGAGAAGUGGCAAAGCAGCAUUACAGAGAUUACCUCUCGCUGCGGUUUCUGCGGAACUGUGAUGCAAACUUGGAAGGACCGCGUGGACCACCUUGCCGGUCACUUCAAGAACGGUGCCAGCAUGGCCCAAUGGCAAGGAGAUUGGGGCUUUGAGCCAUCAAUCCAAGAGCGAGUCGAAAAUGCCGUUCCGCCAUAUCUCAUUGACUAUGAAUGGAGGUCCCCUGAUCCCUGGACUACCGUUCAAGCACAAGGAGACGGUGUCUCACCGCAGCUUCGAGUACCAGAUGACGCCAAUUGCUACAUGCGCCUCUCACGUGAACUCACUUCAUACAUUCAUAACCAAACAGCCCAAGGGGUUAUCCCGAACGAUGAGAUGCUACAAACUGAGGCGCGUCGAAUCAUCUAUGGGAAUGACGAUGACCCCUGGAAUCAAACAUGCGCCGACAAUCCACUCUGGCUCACAAUUUUGAAGCGGGAGACCGGCCUCGAAACUCCUGCCAACAACGACGAACUUCAACUAUCUGAUCUUGGGCUGCAGCCUCCUUUCGUUGGCCACAGUGGUGUGCGCAAACCCCCACGAGAAGCCAAUCUUUUGGCAAGGGGAAUCGGUGCUGGUGCCCUGCCCAGCCCAGCUGUGUCUAGCCCUAGUCUAAGAAGCCCCACGUAUCCCCCAACAGGCUUCUCUUCUGCCGCACCUAGUGGACAGGGAAGUCUAGCAGGGAGCUACGCAGGAAGCUCAGGGAUGAUAUCAGCUGGCGUGCCGGCAUUCAUCUCUGAUUGGAGCAGCAGUCUACCCGGCCAUGCUUCGUCAUCUUCUGUUCAUGCAGAUGGAGAGCCACCUGAUCCGCUGGUGCAGAUGGGGUUCGAUCCGGAGUUCCUGCAACGACUCAGCGAUAGUUAUACCGAGCUUACGCCGCCUGAUAUGGAGCUGGUACCUUUGGAUGCACCUCUUGACUACGAGGGCAAAGGGAAGCAGCCGUGGUUGAAUCCAGCAUCCCAGACACUGCCACUUAUGGGUGUGCCGGCUUCAGAUCCCCUCGCAGCCCUUCAUUCUGAAGAGGGCUAUCCCCACACGUCAGAUUCUGCCCAAUCUGGACUGCCUGCAUUCCGUGAUGGGAAUUUUUGA